AUGACAUCUGGAGGCACCGGCUGCGAUGAGAUCACCGAGGGCGACUGUCGCUAUUUGGCGAAGGAGGUGCUGAGAGGUGACCUGAGGGACCUGACCAAAGCAGAUAUUUUCUCCCUUGGCUUGGUGCUCUACGAGUUGGCCACGAACCCCCAGCAGCUGCCCAGCAAUGGCCCCGAGUGGCAGAUGCUACGAGAGCGCCUGGAGGUGCAACACUUGAGGCAGCUCAGUCACCCCGUGCAACUUCUGCUCCAAGAGAUGGUGAAGCCUCAGAAGGAGGCACGGCCCAGUUGCGAGGCCCCCGGCGACACCGGUGUUCCGGGCUGUUGGCACCGCGGAUCAGACUUCGCUGCCAAAAGCCGGACCACGGACAAUCCGGGAAUGGCAAUUCUCCAUGUCACUGAGUUCACCAGGAUGCCCGUGAACGAGAACGACAGCUAUCUCCGGCACGCGGCGGUGGUCAUCGUGGGUGGCGCUCGCUCAUUGGGGUGGAAUAUGGUGUGUGACCCGGAGCAACACGUUUGCUGUUCGGAAUCCUAUGGACCAAACUUCCUGCUGGAACCCUGCCAAGCACUGCUGAAGCCCGUCUACACGGAGUACAUGGUGCCGGUCUACAAGCCGCCCAAGAGUCACGGCUGCUUGGAGCUGGCGGAUGACUACAUCUCCCAGGUCUACGAGCCCAAAGUCGGCUUCCAAUACUCCGCAGUCAUCCGCGCGCGGCCGGACGACAUCUUCCUCCGGGACGUGCCGCCUUUGCCCAGUUACAACCUCUCCCGCUUCACCGUGGCCGCCGGCGGCAUUGCCGACCACUGGCACGUCGUCCACCGCGGCUGCCGGAUGGCGCCACCUGAGUGCAUCCAUUGCAAAGAUGCGGUGAACGAUACCAGCUGUGGCAGCUAUGGGGUUUAUGACCUGGACACCCGGGUGCAUCCGGUGUUGGCGAGAGAGGAACCGAGUUCCUAUUUCCUGAAGAAACGCAUCCGCCUCCCUUCACGCCCACGUGGGAAGAGCUCGUCCGCGGGAUAUUUGCACUUGGAAUGCCAGCGUUGGCGCGAUCGCCUGGCGAAGAACGCCCCGGUGGCCUACGAGCAGCUUCGCGGUUUGAACCUCUGUGAGCAGGAAGAGCAGAACUUCCUGUUCGCAAGACCGGCGGCCUAG